AUGACCGCGCCUAUUGCAAAGAGUGUCUGGGUGAAUCUAUACAAAAAUCUUGAGAGGGAAGCAGCCAAGUUUCCCCAGUACAAUUAUCGAGUUUUCUUCCAACGUCGUAUUCGUGAGCAUUUUGAGAAAAAUCGAGGCGUAACUGAUCCCGUAGCUCAGAGGAAGCUUCUCGAGAAAGGUCAAAAAGAGCUAGAAGUUAUACGUCGUCAGGUGGUUAUCAGUCAGCUUUACCCUCAUAAACACACCGUUGUCGAAGAGAAAUUGGAUUCUCGAGAAAUUGUAAACAUAGGAGUUGUCACACAAAAUACCCUAACCAUAAUGAGGGAAUGUACAAAAUGCAAGUCAAACGAAUACACCAACAAAAAUCUGGUGAUGAUGGUCAAUGAGUGUGGCCAUCCGCUUUGCAAGAACUGUGUAGAAAAUCUGUUUGUUCGAAAUGCUGGUCCAUGUCAUGUUUGCGGCAAAACACUGCGGAAGAAUAACUUCUGGGAGCAGGUCUUCGAUGAUCCACUUAUAGAAAAAGAAACCCAUAUACGGCGACGUUUGCGAAAGAUUUACAAUCUUAAGAAGGAUGACUUCCCCUCUUUGCGGGAGUUCAACGACUAUUUGGAGAGGUUUGAAACCAUAGUCUGUAACCUUGCUUUUGGCAUCGAUGUAGAGGAUACUGAAGCCGAGGUUGCUGCAUUUAAAGAAGCAAAUGCUGAGUUGAUAGAAAAGAACAAGAAAAAGUUAGACGAAGACCAGAUAUGGAUUAUGCAAAACUUGAAGGAAGAUCGUGAUAUGAAGAAUCGUGUCGACCAAGCACAUAAUCAGGAAAACAAAGAAGUGGAGAAGUCUGCAGUGAAGGACACGAAAGCAAUCAUGGAUGAACUGCGUGAGUCUAAUGUACCAGCUGAAGUGAUUCUUGAUAGGGAACGAAAGCGACAGAUCGAGCAAGAACUUGAAGAAAAGGAGGAAGCUGCAAGAAGGAAGAAGCGCAACAAGGAGAUACUGCAAGAUCGAAAGAGAAUGGCUGAAUCGAUGUCAUUUUCUACCUCUCAACGUGUGUCUGGUCGAGCUUUUGAAUACAAACCACCGCGAUUGCACAUCAAUGGUCCAGCGAUACCAUCUAAAGAGGAAUUGGAAUCCAAGGGUUAUCUUCAGCAUAUUCGGGCUGCUAGCUUGGUGAGAAAGCCUCUUAAUUUACCUUUGACAGUCCUUGUAAUAACUCGAGAUCAAUUACAAUGGAGAUUAAACCUUUUUCGACUGUGAAC